AUGUCUGUGAGGAUCCCAGUACUGAAAGAAGCUGUUGUUCCUGUCUAUGUGCAGUUCUCCAGGGACAAGUACAUAAUGGAGGGCACGCCGGAGAAACUACGCAAGGAGCUGGAGGAAGAGCUGAAAAUGGGCAGUGAGGAGCCAUGCAGCCACGCCUGGUACCAUGGAGCCAUUCCCAGACAGGUAACACACACACACACACACACACACACAAAAAUUAAAUCGAAUCAAAUGUUCUUUGUAACAUGCUUCAUAACAAACAACAGGUGAAUGCUUCCCAACAAUGCAGAGAGAAAGAAACAUUUAUAGAAAACCAUAAUAAUAAAAGUAAUAAUAAAUACACAAUGAGGAACGAUAACUUGGAUAUAUAAUGUACACAGGGUCGAUGUGCAGGGGUACGAGGUAAUUGAGGUAGUAUAUCUACCUCAAUAUAAUAAAGUGACUAGGCAACAGGAUAGAUAGAAAACAGUAACAGCAGCAUAUGUGAUGAGUCAAAAAAGUUAGUGCAAAAAGGGUAAAUGCAGAUAGUCCGGGUAGAUAUUUGGUUUACUAUUUAAUUAACUAUUUAGCAGUCUUAUGGCUUGGGGGUAGAAGCUGUUCAGGGUCCUCUUGGUUCCAGACUUGGUGCAUCAGUACUGCGUGCCAUGAGGUAGCAGAGAGAACAGUCUAUGACUUGGGUGGCUGGAUUCUUUGACAAUCUUUAAGGCUUUCCUCUGACUGCCUGGUAUAGUGGUCCUGGAUGGCAGGGAGGUUGGCCCCAGUGAUGUACUUGGCCAUACGCACUACCCUACUAUACAUGUACAUUGCAGUCUAGCAGAGCUACAGAGUGCCUACAAAGGUGAUUGCACCCUUAAGGAGAUACCAUUUGCAAUAUCUUUUUAUAAAUUUUUUUGAUUAUUUGAGGGGCAGCAAAUCUUUAUCCACCGAUCAUAGAGGGGGUAAAUAGGUGGUGAGUGUCUUGCCUGGCGUCGUGAGGGAGCUUUUUUUGGGGUGCAGAGCAGCGACAUUGAUGGCGAGUGGACUAGUGGAGUGGGAGCACAGCAGAGGGAGAACAAUGCCUCGUUGGGUAGGGAAUCAGGCCUAGUAGGAUGCCGACCCUACAGCCCGUCAGAUGUCUUGCAGAUGGAGCUUCACUGGAAGCCAGUGGUGUGCGGAGGAGGGGUGCGUGGGAACGGGUACCCAGGGCUGCGGCUCUGGAGUUGUAGGGUUUAAUGGCACAGCAGGAGCCAGCCAACAGCGAGUUGCAGCUAUCAAUGGUGCAGCUGUAUAACGUUUUGAGGAUCUGAGGGCCCAUGCCAAAUCUUUUCAGCCUCAUGAGGGGAAAUAGGUGUUGUCGUGCCCUCUUUACGACUGUGUUGGUGUGUUUGGACCAUGAUAGAUCCUUAGUGAUGUGGACACAAAGGAACUUAAUCUCUCAACCCACUCCACUACAGCCCCGUCGAUGUGAAUGGGGGCGUGCUCGGCCCUCCGUCUCAGCUUCUUUGUCUUGCUGACGUUGACGGAGAGGUUGUUGUCCGGGCACCACACUGCCAGGUCUCUGGCCUCCUCCCUAUAGGCUGUCUCACCACCGUCGUCAGCAAACUUAAUGAUGGUGGGUGAACAAGUAGUAAAGGAGGGGACUAAGCACGCACCCCUGAGGGGCCCUCGUGUUGAGAGUCAGAGUGGCGGAUGUGUUGCUGCCUACCCUCACCACCUGGGGGCGGCCCGUCAAGAAAUCCAGGAUUCACUUCAAGAGGGAGGGGUUCAGUCCCAGGGUCCUUAGCUUAGUGAUGAGCUUGGAGGGCACUAUGGUGUUGAACGCUGAGCUGUAGUCAAUGAACAGCAUUCUCUAAUAGGUGUUCCUCUUGUGAAGGUGGGAGAGGGCAGUGUGGAGUAGAGAAUAGAGAUUGCGUCAUCUGUGGAUCUGUUGGGGCGGUAUGCGAACUGGAAUGGGCCCAGGGUGUCUGGGAUGAUGGUGUUGAUGUGAGCCAUGACCAACCUUUCAAAGCAUUUCAUGGCUACAGAUGUGAGUGCUGCGGGGCGAUAGUCAUUUAAACAGGUUACCUUGGCAUUCUUGGGUACAGGGACUGUGUGUGGAGUAAAGGUCAUCUAGAGUUUUAGUUGCACAGGUGACAUGCUGGUAGAAAUGAGGUAAAACGGAUUUCAGUUUCCCUGUAUUAAAAUCACCGGCCACUAGGGGCGCCGCCACUGGAUAAGCAGUUUCUUGUUUGCUUAUGGCCCUAUACAGCUCGUUGAGUGCGGUCUCAGUGCCAGCAUUGGUUUGUGGUGGUAAAUAGACACACAAACACUCGCACACACACACACACACACACAUUCUCUGGAGGAACAACUCAGCUGCUGUUUUAGAGUCUAAUGAUUUAUUAUGAGCCUUAAUUUAGCUUGGGUCAAAGGAUUCUUGAUAAGGUUGGCUCUUUGUGAAAGAGGAUAGUCCAAUAAAAAGAUGGAGCUGAUAGAGGAGAGAGGCUUACCGUGAAACAUGACUAGCCCAGUGAAAGCAUGCAGAGAGGGGAGGGGUAUCCAGUUGCACACUGAUUUCAUUCAGGGCCCUGUCACUCCCGCUGCCUAUUGGUCACCCACCCACCGUGUAGAGUAAUCACAGCACUGCCUGUUGGUCACCCACCCACCCUGGGGAGGAAUCACAGCACUGCCUGUUGGCAACCCACCCUGUGGAGGAAUCACAGCACUGCCUGUUGGUAACCCACCCUGUGGAGGAAUCACAGCACUGCCUGUUGGUAACCCACCCUGUGGAGGAAUCACAGCACUGCCUGUUGGUCACCCACCCACCCUGUGGAGGAAUCACAGCACGGGUAACCCACCCUGUUGGGAAUCAAGCAAUGCGUUGGAACCCACCCUGUGGAGGGAUCACAGCACUUGACUGUUGGUCACCACCCACCCUGUGGAGGAAUCACAGCAACUGCCUGUUGGUAACCCACCCACCCUGUGAGGGAAUCCAGCACUGCCUGUUGGUCACCCACCCACCCUGUGGAGGAAUCACAGCACUGCAUGUUGGUAACCCACCCUGUGGAGGAAUCACAGCACUGCCGUUUGGUAACCCACCCUGUGGAGGUUAUCACAGCACUGCCUGUUUGGUCACCCCACCCACCCUGUGGAGGAAGCACAGCACUGCCUGUUGGUAACCCACCCUGUGGCGAGUUAUCCACCAGCACUGACCUGUUGGUCACCCACCCACCCGUGUGGAGGGAAUCACAGCACUGCCAGUUGGUAACCCACCCUGGAGGAAUCACAGCACUGCCUGUUGGUAACCCACCCUGUGGAGGAAUCACAGCCAUGCCUGUUGGUCACCCACCCACGCAGUGAAUCAGACUGGGCCGCUUGGCAACCACUGUGACAACCAUGCAACCUUGUCACCACCAACCUGACAGCAGGCACUCUGUUCAACCAGAACCAUGACGUGGUCAACCAAACCCUGUGAUGAAUCACACAACUGCUUGUUGGUACCACUGUGGACACGGACUGGCGUGGUAGCUACACCACCUUGGGUGGCAUUCACACAUGCAUAUUGGUGAACCCCCUGUGGUAAAGUCCAAGGCACGCUGUUGGUACCAUGUGGAGCACUGCUGUUGAAACGCCACGUGGGAGUCACGCUGCUUGGACACCUGUGAAGAUCCAGCACGCCGGAUCAAAUCAUGGGCGGAGGAAAGCACCCUGUUGGACACCCAACCCGUGGUAAUAGUGUGUAUGUAACCAGUGCAGGAAUCACGCAUGCCUUUUGGUCACACCCACCCUGUGAAGGAAUCAGCUGCCGUGAAACUGUGAAGAGAUCAUCAGACACCAUGUGGUCACCACCAAACAGCACUGCCUGUUAGAGUAUCACAGCACUGCCUGUUGGUCACCCUCCCUGUGGAGGAAUCACAGCAAACAAAAUAAAAUUAAAAUAAAUAUUUGUAACAUGCUGCGUAAACAACAGGUGUAGACUGACAGUGAAAUGUACUGGCGCUCUGAAAACAUGACAACCAUUCAAAACCUUCCACAUACCUGCACAGGGCAGGACAUCUGUUCAGACAGAACCAUUUCCAAGCUCAACCAAACGUCUCUGUAAUGACAUCCCACACAAUGCUUUGUUUGGUCACACUGUGGACUACUGUGUGAAUGGAGAGUCAGGGAGCUUAGACACUUUGGCUGGCAUUUCUUGUCAUAAAUAUGUGAAAACUCCCUGCGUGUCUAGAGGUUUCCAGAGGGGAGCUGUGUGUCUUUCAUGUGGACUGCUGAGUGAAAGCUACAUGGCUGAGGGUCGGGGCUUAGGAGGAGGCUGUGACAGAUCCCAGCACAGCAGGAUCAAAUCAGGGGGAUGAGGAAGACCACAGGUGACAUCCUCACACCCAGGGCUCUGCUCAAAUGAGUGUGUAUGUACACAGAGCAGUAAUCAGGGACAGUGUCCUUUCCUGUGAUCCAUUCUCAAGCAGCUUGUCUGAAACUGGUUGAGCCAGAUCAGAAUCAGACAAACAAGGACAAGUCAAAAACAGAGAGAAGUAUUUAUCUUGUCAGGUCCGUUCUACAGCACUGGCUGUAUUGAAUCCAUUGUGUGAGGCUGUCAGUUUGAUAUACUGUGGCUGAAUGAGGCUUGGCACCCGCUGCAUGGUUAAUUGAAAUGGACUUCAUUUCAGCCUUGUGCUUUCAUCAGUAUCUCACUAAGAGCUUGUCACUGAGAACUUGUCAGUGAGAAGAGAGCGUCCCUGACACACACACUGUGUCUGUGUGUGUACAUACUGUAGUACUGAGAGCUCAGACCACAGAGCUCUUUCUAUGAACCUCAGCCUCAGUGAGGAUACUCAGUCUGUCUCUCAGCCCACACACACAGGUCUUAAUUUGAUGGUAACGGCACAUGGGUGACAUCAGAUGUGUCACCUUGUAAGGGGAGUGAACCAGCAUGUAACACAGCCCAUCAUUAGGCAUUGUGAGAGGCACGAUGGCUCUGCCAGGCCCCCGGCUAGCUGCACACGGUACAGUACACACUCAUGUUUACCCACAAGACUGUGCGUCUCUCAACAAGAACUAGUAAGACCAGCUCAGCCCACUCCCAUUCUACCAUUAGACAACACACAUCAGCAGCUCCAGGCUUCAGGUGAUAGAUUUUUUCCAUGCCAGUGCAUCGGGGAUCUGUAUGUCAUACAGAAAAACACUGGCCACUCAAAAAGCUCAACGAGUUGCACUGGCUAUGAGAUUGUGAGACAGUGACAUAGAUUGCAAAAAUAAUCAAGUUGCACAAAUGUUUGAAAACACUGUCCAUCUCAAUUUCCAUCUACUUUCACAACAAAAUUUAUUCACAACGGACAUCUGUUAGAAACAUAUAAACAACAUUGCAUGGCUAAUGGAUUUAACAUGGAUCUUAAUAUCAAUGAGCAGUUUCAUGAGGUAUAAAUCAAAUUACUUUCAAUGCGUCAGACUGGCUUUAAAAAUCUAAAGCAUCACCUCUGUGUGUAAAAUCACAGAUGGGACCUGAAUAAGAAAUUGAGCUCUUUUGAGCUUGUCCUUGCACACACACACGCACACACACACACACACACACACACAAAUGCACACACAGCUGUGCUCAGUUUUAUGGCUCAGCCUGCACCUCCUCAGUAGGACAGAGACUUUAUGUAAGGACACAGAAAAACAGCAUUCAUGCUGCCAAGUGAUGCUAAUCAGGUUUAAUAAGCUCCUUCCUGGUGCUACUGCGGCCGGAUUGUGAAAAGAGGGCUUUUUAAAAGUUUAAUUAAAAACCCUUAACCUUCCAACUCCAAAACAUGAUUAUAUAAACAUAAUUACUUAGUUCAAUACUAAGUUAAUUAAAUAGGAAGGUAAUGAAAUGUUUGGAGGAAUAACAUAAGUGGUGGAGUGGAGUGUGGACCAAUGUUUUCUUUUAUUAUAUUAUUCUACUUUUUUUAUUCAGACAUUUUCAAAAACCAAACAGCCAUAAUUCACCUAUAGAAAGACAAUUUAUUUCAAUAAACAGACUGAGCAAAACAAAUACACAGGGUGGUCUAUUCAGGAAUCAAAUUACAGAGAUGAUUAUAAAACUCAAGGGCUUGUUUGUGAGUGUGGACCAAUGUAUGAGGCAACUACAGAGUUUCUACACAACACUGGGGGCUUGGACACUUGACCCUUCUGACUAUGAGAUCCUGUUUGGCUUGGUGUGGCCUGGGCUCAGAGAGCAUGCUGGGAGGUAUCAUGAUGUCACAGUGCAGUAACAGUAGUCCUAGAGAAAACAUUCAAUGAGCCAAGCAGGUUACUGAGAAGGCCAUUCAGUGAGAGGGACUAGAGCGCCUGUCGCCAACAAAUCCAACUGUGAGACGAGUGUGAAACGGAAAACACACUAGACACAGUUCCAACCGUGUGAUAUUGAAAAUACAGCCAAGUGUAUAAGCUAUACAGUAUGUCUGUGUGUAUGUGUCUCUGUCUAUGUGUGAUCAACACGUGUCCUCUGGUGUCCAGGUGGCAGAGAACCUGAUCCAGAGAGACGGGGACUUCCUGAUCCGGGACUCUCUGUCCAGCCCUGGGAACUACGUCCUAACCUGCCAGUGGAAGAACAGCCCUCAGCACUUCAAGAUCAAUAAGAUGGUGGUGGCCAUGAAUGAGGCCUACUCCCGGGUGCAGUACCUGUUUGAGAAGGAGGGCUUCGACAGCGUGCCCGCCCUGGUGCGCUACUACGUGGGUAACAGGAAACCAGUGACGGAGGUGGUGGGGGCCAUCAUCUUCCAGCCCAUCAACAGGGCCUUGCCCCUGCGCUGCCUAGAGGAGAAGUAUGGGGUGGCCUGUGUCCGUGUGGAGGCCGGUCUGACCCUGCCCGAGAGGAAGAGCCAGACCUCCAAACGCCUGAGCCUCAACAUCAUGAACGGACACACCCAGGACCAAAGCCUUGGACGUGGGAACCUGCUUAGGUUAGUAGGCUAUAUAAGGAGGUUCAGGGUUGUCUGCUCUUGACAUGGUGAAUUGUCAGUGUGUUACAAUGGUACAAUGGAGAUGUUUGCUUGCAGCUGAUUUAUUAUGGCAAUGAAGUUCAUUUUAUGCUCCUCUGCACCCAGGAACUUAUAUAGACACUGUACAUUCCGUCAUACAGGGGUUUCUCCAAAUGGAAAUGGAUCUGUGUAAUUGUCAUGUAUACCAUGCAAACAACACAUGUGCACUCCAAAUUUGUCACACUAAUGUGGGAGUCACAGAGAUAAGUAUACGUCUACAAUAAACCAUUCCUGAGGCAAAGUAAGUAAGGAGUGGUGUUUAGCCUGGAUGGAGAAUACCAACCUCUGAGCACAAUGCCAAGGCAAACCAGGACAAAAAAUACCCCAUGAAAUUACACAGUAACAUUUUACAUAAACACUGCACACAAUGUAUCAGGUUUCAGUAGGGGUUAGUUGUGUUGGUGUGCCCAGUGGACGUGCCUCUGUUGGUAGCUAAAGGGCUCAGUCCAAUUGACCUCUCUCUCUCUCCUUCUGUCUAUCAGGAACAAAGACAAGUGUGGAAGCCAGCCGGCGUGUCUGAACCACGUUCAGGAGAGACGGUGGCCUCUCAAAACCCACCAGUCAGAGAGCUUCUCCCUUCUAGGUACGGGAAGGGGGAAAGGAGGCAGAGAGAAGAUGAGUAGGGACGAGAAGAAGAGAGACAGAGAGAUAGAUAGCGCAGUAGAGAGAAGAGAAAUAUAGAAGUUGAUAAUCUAGAGAGUAAGAGGAUAUCUACUAUUACUCUAUCUCUCUCUAUCUCUAGCCUCUCUAUCCUCUCGCUCUCUCUCUCUUUCUCUCUCUCUCUCUCUCUCCCUCUCUCUCUUCUCUCUUCUCUCUCUCUCUCUCUCUCUCUCUCUCUCUCUCUCUCUCUCUCUCUUCUCUCUCUUCUCUCUCUCUCUCUCUCUGCCAGUGGUGCAUUCCAUUCUGCGACUGACACUGUAAUUAAGCUUUCUAUGCAGAGUCAGACUACAAAUAGACAGCAGCCCUCCCAGCAUCUCCACAGCCACACAACACAGACAUGGCUUUAGCUGUAUGUACUAGGCUGCAGUGUGCAGGUUCAGGUAAUGAUUGUCCCCUCUCUCUCUCCCCAGGCUCCAGGCCCCAGCCCCAGUCCCAGCUGAUGGAGCAUCAGCCUAGGCCCCAGUCUCCAGUGUUCAGGACGGGCAGUGAGCAGGCCCUCAGCCCCACCGUGCCAAGGAGGUUGGCCUUUGAGACCCAGGCCGGGGAGGCCAUCCGGGGCUCAGAAAGCCAGCUCUGCCCCAAGCCGCCCCCCAAGCCCAGCAAGGUGCCCUCCAUGAGGAUUCCCCGCUCCCCACGCCUGCAGCCCCUGGCCCCUCUGGCCAGCCCAGCCCCAGGUCCCCCUGUUCCUCCACUGAAGCCCAAGAAGCAGCAUCUGAUCCAGGCUCUCCAGCCUCCCCAGCCCCCCUGCCCAGAGGUGAACUACUUUGAGCUGAGCCCCUGCAGCCCAGCAGAGUGGGACAGGCUCCAGGCCCCAGGCUUGGGCCCCCAGCCCAACAACAACAACAAUAUCAACAGCUACGUAGAGAGGCUUAGGACAGAGGAGAGUGAGAGGAGCAGCCGUGGCUCCAAACUGGACCGCAGCUCCUACCACCAUGCCAUCGAAGCCCUGGAGAAUGGCAGCGAAGAGGAGGAGGUGGAACAAGAGAGGAAAGGAGAGAUAGAGGAGACAGGGGAGGAGAAAGAGAGGAGCUUCCGGCGGCCGGUGUUGGAGACUGCGUCUGCGUUCCAGCCGGGGGAGUUUGAAUCCAGGCUGCUGCCUGCAGAGAACAAACCCCUGGAGAUGAGUGUGCUGAAGAGAGCCAAAGGACUGCUGGUUCAGAAAGAACCCCACAUCAUCGCCAUGCACAUCCUCAUGGCAGACUGCCAGGUACUGCACUGCACUGUCCCACUACACCAUACCCAGAUUACCCACAGGACAUUAGAGCACUAGGCCUACUGUAUGUCUGAGCACUCAGGGCUGAAUCCCAAGUUGAGAUCAUAACAGAAAUGUCAGUGUACAUCAUGAAUUAAUAUAAACGGGAGAUUUGCAGGACAGUUUGUGUAAGCAUGAUUCAGGUCUCAUUCUUCAGCAGCAUCUAAUUUAGGGGCUAGACAGUCAGGCACACAGAGAGCAUCAGAGACUGAGACUGGCAUUUCAUUCAUUUCCUCUCGUUGGUAUUUGGCAUGUCCCAGACAGUCAGGUGCCUUAUGUCUGUCUGGGUGUGGUACUCCACACAAAGGGCCAAAUGAAACCAGUAAAUGUCAUUUAGUUAGAUGCACCAAAAAUGCUCUGCAGCCAAACCCAUGACUGGGUGUCUAGUCUUGAGGGAAACAUCUUUAUUAGUGUUGUUAAAAACAGCUAUGGUACAACGUUAUGUAAGGUGGCUGUGGAAUUAAAUGAAGAUGUCUCUUGUUUAAUUUAGUCAGAAGGAACUCAUGAUCAAUUAUAGGAUUUCCCCAAACCUGACCAUUCCAAAACACUUCCAUCCUCAUAUAGCUUAACUAAACCACACUAAUGCAAAAAAUGGUUAUGUACCUGACAGGUUGCUAGGGUACUUGGCGUCUCUGAGGAGGUGAAAGGUCAAAUGGGUGUGUCCUCUGGUCUGGAGCUGGUGACCUUACCCCACGGCAGGCAGCUGCGUCGAGACCUGAUGGAAAGGUAAACACACAUACACACCCAAACCCACCUGACACACUCCUCAGGUGAUAGGAAACCCACAUGUAGACACAAAAAGUCCACAGAGGUUAAAGGGACUUAUGACUGAACUCUCUGUUGUGUAACCCAGGCACCACACCAUGGCUAUCGGGGUUGCCGUGGACAUCCUGGGCUGCACAGGAAGUCUGGAGGAGCGUACCGCCACACUGAACCGCAUCAUCAUGGUGGCUCUAGAACUGAAGGACUCCAUGGGGGAUCUGUACGCCUUCUCCUCCAUCAUGAAAGCACUGGACAUGCCUCAGGUACCCCACUCAUUACAGCCAGACACAGUCCCCCAACCCCACCACGCGUUCUGAGAUGAGUCUUUAAAGGCAGAUGUCCCUAGGGAUAUUGUGAUUGUGCUGAUUGUUUCCUAACAUCUGUAUGCCCUUGACCCCAGAUCACACGGUUAGACCACACCUGGACCAUGCUGAGGAGGAAAUACACUCAGACUGCCAUCAUAUACGAGAAGUCUCUAAAGCCCUUUUACAAGGGGCUGUAUGAAGGAACAGGUAAGCACCUCAAUGGAGCCUCCUUGGUGCUCUUACUGACCUUAAGUGCAGUUGCAGUUUCUGACCGUGUCCCUGUGUGUGUGUGUAGCGGACAUGCCCCUGACUGGCACCACGAUGCCCCUACUAAUGCCCCUGCUCAUCUUGAUGGAGCGCCAGGCGGUGGCGUUUGAGGGCAUGGAACUGUGGGAGAGCAAUGACCAGGGCUGUGAGAUCAUGCUACGUCACCUAGAUGAGGCCCGCAGCGUGGCACACAACGCUGACGCAUACACCGCUAACACUGAACAUGUCCUGAAAGGUAAUACACUCCACACCUUCUGCUAGAGAUAGUGCUCACAGCUGUUAACAUUAUUUGCUAAAUAAAUGCUCUUGUCCAAAAGGUCACAGCUUUUUUCAUAGUGCCCGAGAUUGCAUAAGACACUAUAACAGAUGCAUGUCUAAGCUGGUAUGAUGAGCUACAAGGCUAAUGAUAAUUUAUUCCUCUUUCUGUGUGCAGACUUCCAGGCUGACGAGGACCUGCUGGAGAUCUUUAAAACAGACUUCCAGCUCCGUCUGCUGUGGGGGAGUAGAGGGGCGGCCGUCAACCAGAUGGAGAGAUACGACAAGUUCACACUCAUCCUAACUGCUUUGUCCAGAAAGCUGGAGCCAGCGGUCAAACACACAGAACUCUAACCAGAGCCUGUGGUAAACAGACUGUAUUAGUGAACACUGGUCGGUUGUAAAAGGACAUUCAGGCUGGUUAAGAGAGACAAACUGUGCCCCGUAUUGACUGGGAAUGAGGAACUGUUGCAGAGCGAGACUAUUGUAUUUUCCCAACCUGUCCAAUGGAGGGAGAGUGUGAGUCUGAGAUCCAAUUGGAACUCUUCCCUGGCAGUGGCAGGAUACUAACCUGAGUGUGUUGAUAUGAAGGGGAAAUAUUUCCCUCUGUGACGCAGGAAGGGGGUAGUCUGGUCCAAGAGCUGUUUGUGGUCUUGCUUACUCCAUUGCUGUCAUUGUCAAGCCAAUGGGAUGACAAUGAGUGACAGAGAGUUGGCAUGAUAGCAAAAACAAAUGUUCACCC